AUGUUCAAGAGGUGUAUUCCACUGGUCAGUCGAGGCAUUUGUGCCCAUUUGCGGUAUAACUCUACGGUGGUUGAUUUAACAGUCGCCGGACUGAAGACAGAUCUGAAGCAGGCGAUGAUAAAUAAAGAUGACGUGAGAAAGACGACUAUUAGGGGAAUACUCAGCUCCAUCAAGAAUAAAACGAUAGAUGCCAAGGACCAUUCAAUUGACGAGUUUGGGAUCUUUGACUUGUAUUCCAAGAUGAUCACGCAGCGUGUGGAGUCCAUCGACAGUUACACCAAGAAUUCAAGGGAUGAUCUUGCCGAAAGAGAGAAACAAGAAUUGCAGAUUUUGCAGGACUACCAGAACAAACUCCCUGUGGCCUCCCAGGAUGAGGUAAAUGAGAAAGUUCUUGACGUAUUGAAAGCGUCGAGAGAUGACGACAGUAACUUGGAGCUCAAACAGGUGUUUGGCAAAUUCGACUGGGGCAAGUUACCUAAACAAUGGAGGACGUCUCCGAAUACAAUCAGGAGUAGCAUCGUCUCCCAAUACAAAACUGUUUUCAAGUAG